AAGGAGGCCCACCUGACUUUUGACGAGUUGCCAUGGCAUCCUACUACGAGAUCCUUGACGUGCCGCGAAGUGCGUCCCCUGAUGACAUCAAGAAGGCGUACCGGCGGAAAGCUCUACAAUGGCAUCCAGACAAGAACCCUGAUAAUAAAGAGUUUGCUGAGAGGAAGUUUAAGGAGGUGGCAGAGGCCUAUGAAGUGCUGUCUGACAAGCAUAAGCGCGAGAUCUAUGACCGCUAUGGCCGCGAGGGGCUGACGGGGGCAGGAACUGGCCCAUCUCGGGCGGACACCGGUGGUAGUGGGCCUGGCUUCACCUUCACCUUCCGCAGCCCUGAGGAAGUCUUCCGGGAGUUCUUUGGGAGUGGAGAUCCCUUUGCGGAGCUCUUUGACGACCUGAGCCCCUUCUCGGAGCUUCAGAGCCGGAGUUCCCGACACUCUGGCUCCUUCUUUACUUUCUCUACUGCCUUCCCUGGCCGUUCGGAUUUCUCCUCAUCUUUCUCCUUCAGUCCUGGUGCCGGUGCUUUCCGCUCUGUUUCUACAUCCACCGCCUUGGUCCAAGGACGCCGUGUCACCACACGCAGAAUCAUGGAGAACGGGCAGGAACGGGUCGAAGUGGAGGAGGACGGGCAGCUGAAGUCAGUCACCAUCAAUGGUGUCCCAGACGACCUGGCACUGGGCUUGGAGCUGAGCCGUCGUGAGCAGCAACAGUCGGUCACCUCCAGGUCUGGGGGCAUGCAGGUCCGGCAGACCCCCGUCUCACACCCCUCUGACAGAGACUUCUCUGAGGAUGACGAGGACCUACAGCUUGCCAUGGCAUACAGCCUGUCAGAGAUGGAAGCUGCUGAGAAGAAACCAGCAGGUGGGCGGGGGGCACAGCGACAACGGCAGGGGCGGCCCAAGGCCCAGCACCAAGAUCCAGGCCUGGGGGGGACCCAUGAGGGUGCGGGGGGUGAGGCAGCCAGGCCCAGCCCAGCCCAGGAGGAUAAAGCUUCACGCUGCCUCAUCCUCUGAGCCCCAGGCCCAACCUGAACUGGUCCCAGUCUUGACUGGGGCUCCAUUCCUCCCUGUCAUGGAGCAGAGAGGGGUGUGGCCUGAGAUGCAGGAGCCCUUUGCCAACCCCAGGUUCCCGCCCUCAGUUUCCCUCCCAAGCCCACCCUCACACCAGUGUGGACUCAGGAUUCUGUGCUCAGCCCAGGGCUAGUAGAUCCCUGGGUGAAGCCCA